UGGUAUCAAGCAAGCGAUAUAAAGAUACUGUAUAUGAGCAUUACAUGAGAUGGGAACAACAAGAAAACAUCAAGACAGAGAGAACAGCAUCAUUUACCCUUCUACCACGGUAUUCUUUUACAAAUACGUUGGAGAACGUUUUUCAAAAAGGAUUGUUAAGCAUUUGGAUUGUUGGUUGGUCUGUGUGGCUUCAUACCUUCCUCAUCGGUAUCACUUCGUGAAUCAGUAUAAAAACUGGACUGAAGCUCAGAGAUACUGCAGACAGACCUACACUGAUCUGGCCACCAUCAACAACCUGGAAGAGAUGAACACCGUGAAAGCCAUGCUUCAAAAUCAAGUUGGAUGUGUGUGGAUCGGCCUAAAUAGAGUAGAUGGUCAGAAAUGGCUGUGGUCUUUGGAAGAUGGCACCUCCUUCAUAAAUGGACAGUCCUACACUAACUGGUUGCCAGGAGAGCCAAACAACGGACUAAAGAGUAACUCCUGUGUUUUCAUGCGGGGCUUUGAUGGAUUGUGGACUGAUGAUGAAUGCACAAAUAAAUAUUAUUUUGUAUGUUACACAGGAAAGAAAACAGCCAUCACAAAAUUAGUUUUGGUUACUCAGCAAAAGACCUUUCCUGAUGCUCAGAUCUACUGCCGAAAGCAGUACGCAGACCUGCCCAGUGUGAGGAACGACAGUGAGAACCAGAAUAUCCAUCAAGUAGCUAAUGGAACCCCUGUCUGGUUUGGCAUGUUCAGAGAGUCCUGGGGGUGGUCAGAUCAGAGUAACUCCAUAUAUAGGAACUGGUGGGCUGGACAGCCAGAUGACACUCUUAGUAAUGAGGACUGUGUAGCAGUUGUUGCAUCAGGACAGCAAAUGGGCAGCUGGGAAGACAGACCAUGUCAAACCACUUUACCUUUCAUCUGCCAUGAGAAUAAGCUGAUCUUGAUCAAUCAGAAUCUGACCUGGAGAGAAGCUCUGAGAUACUGCAGAGAUAAUCAUGUGGAUCUGGUCUCAGUUCACUCUGAGGAGAUCCAGCUCUGGGUGAUGAUGGUGGCACAGAAAGCCUCCACUGAACAUGUGUGGCUGGGUCUGCGUCACACCUGCACUCCGGGCUUCUGGUACUGGUUGAAUGUUUCACCUAUCUGCUACGAGAACUGGGCUCCAGGUAACGGGACAGGAGGAGAAGACUGCAGCUCUGUAGAGAGAACUGGAGCAGUGCAGUCUAGAGGAGGUCAGCAGUGGGUCAGCCUGCCUGAGACUCAGAAACUCAACUUCAUCUGCAUCGCCUAUGAAGACUAAAGCGGCUGUGGUCCAUCAUCUGUGUCGAACAUCAAUGGAUCCAGAACUAGAAACAUCAGAGCACAAAAGGAAAUGAGACUAGAAACACCUGGGGCCUGUCUCAUGAAGCAUGUUGAACAUAGAC